AUGCCUAAAGCUGCAGUAAGAAGAAAUCCGGAGAGAAGUGCACGGGCCGAUGCGAAGAAAAAUGACAGAGUCCUGAAAGACCUGCCGGCCGGGCAGUCUCUGUCAAUGCCACAUUACGAAGACCCGUGGGUCAAUUGGUUGACGGAAGGUGACAAGGUGUGGGUGGCCUUCGACAAGCACCGGUGGAACCGUGGCGUUGUUAUCGGCCAGAUAAUUCGAUUCCUUCAGGGUCAACAGGUUCUACACUAUCGGGUACGAUUUCGUGGCGACACCAUCGCAUCUUUCAACCCGCGGGCCGGAAAGAUUAAACCUGACAAUGAGGAAACCCGAGAACUGCUCGUUAAACACGGUCUAAUCCCUGGCAAAGCAGCCCCUGCCCUUAACAAGCACAAAUGA